GCAGACGUGAAAGAAGCGCAGUCGCGAGAUAGUCUACGCGAACGUGUGCGCGUAGAUCAAGGACCGCUGCGGUGCUCGGAACGCAAUAUAUCGAUUCAUGAGAGAAAAAAACAAGUUUUUUUGUAACUAAAGAAUUGAAAUCUAUCGAAAAUGUUGCUGAAACAAAUGUUGCUUCCUACACAAUCUCGGAUUGGCAUCACGACUCUUCAAACUGGAAGUUUCCACAAAUCGGCAACGGUAUUCCUCGACGACAGAUGGAGAGCAAAAAACCGUCUUACCAAAAAUCCAAAUGCAUCUGGACCUUUGACAAAUUAUGCGGAUUAUUCUUUCAAAGAUGGACGGCCGGCUCCAUUCGGUGUCAAACAAAUGAUUAGAAUGAACAAACAACGAGAGUUUUUCGCCAAAAUCAAGGAAUAUUCUCAAGACAUGGACGAGACUGUUGAGAGGCAUAAACUCAUGGAAGAAGAAAAAGCUAGAGAAAGACAGAAAAUACUCGAUAGCAAACUCAAACCAAAAGGCUAUAAAAUGUAAAUGUGUCUUUAAAACACAAAACAAAGGGUAUGGUUUUACAAAUAAAGUUAAUAGUAUAUGAAA